UUAAUUAUUUGAAUCCGCGGCAAGUACUGGGCACGGAUAAACCGAUCCUACGAGGGCUUUUUGCAAGUACCCUCGUAAGUUCUCGGAAUCUUGAACUUCUCGUUUCUAAGUUUGUAAAUUAUUGUAAUUCCUGUAAUUAUAUUGUAAUUUAAUUUAUAUCGCACUUGUAAUAUUUAUAUUAUUUGAUAGGCAGACACGGGGAAAGAACUCAAGCCCACCGCUCGCGUGCAUUCUGUGCGCGAAAUAUGAGACCGAGUUCAUGCGUUCCUGGGAAAGAUAGAGCUUUGGUGCAGGGAAUCAGGUUCAUGGACGACGUCACUACAGUAGUAUUGGUGGACAGGAGAGUGGAGAGCUCUUUCCACAAGGCGGAGAAAAUACUGAAGCAAUUCGAAGGAUGCUAUAGGAAAAGACUCUUGCUGGUGAGAACGGACGAGGGAGGCAACACGAUCGACUUCAUUGGAACAAAGGUUACGACAAUUGCAGGUCCCACCAGAUUCCUGAUCGCACCGCAACUGACGAAUCAGGAGGCGAUCAUCAAUGGGGAGAUGCCUUUCAGAAGUUUUCAGGAUUACUAUUCCUACUCAGACAAGAGGGCGAAGUACGGUGCAAUCGUUGGCACACUCCACAAGAUCAGACGCUUGGCAAAUGCAGGCUGUGCGGUGAUCCAAUCAGUCCUGACCAUGGGACAGGAACUUCGAUGCUGGGGGUACCCCCCAACGUUCUUCACAUCCGCUCUGGCUAGGUUCGCCAGGGGAACCAUCAUGAGCGAGGACGCAUGGAAAACGCUCCUCGACAGCAUGAUGGUAAACAGAACGGACAGAAACUGAUAUCCGGGUAAGGGGAGAGGAAAAAUGGGGAAAGGAAAUGAGGUAGAGUAGGUGGAUAAUAGGCGUAUGCUGGAGUAUGGGAUAUAGGUUAAUUAUUUGAAUCCGCGGCAAGUACUGGUCACAGUAAUAACUGAUCCUACGAGGGCAUUUUGCAAGUACCCUCAGAGGUGCAGGAAAAUGACGAUUGUUCCUUCCUGCAUCACGGCAUGAAGCACAUCAAGAUUGAGGCACUGAAUCAAAUCCUCUUUGCUAC